AAGCUUACUGUUCUCCUGUCAUUCCCACAGUAGAAUCCCUGCUUUCUUGAAUGUAACUAGGGAUUUCAGGGUAAACGGUGGAAGGGAAGCAGAUAGCCCAGGGUAAUCCAUUUUGUGGUCUCUGGACCUGGCCACUUGUUGGUGUAACUAGGAGAAUAGAAGGCUGGGCCAGGUAGGUGGUUUGGGGGGGGGGUUCAUUUUUUUUUUUUUUUGCUAACUAGCCCUGCCCCAGAAAAUGAUCUGAGAGUUUUUCCCUGUGCACCCAGAAGUCAGAACAAAGUCAGCUGGCCUAAGGCAUGAUUUAUUAACCAUCCUGUCCCUGGCAUCAUUUCUCCUCAUCAUCAUUUCUUUUACUCGUGGUGCUUAUUGCAAAGUAAUCCCUCUAUCAAAUCCGCAUCAUUCAACCUCUUGAUUUCUACACUACUCCUUUUUUGCCUUAAAAUACAUGCUGGACUCCCUUUUUGCUCUACCUCUGACUGCCAUAUCAAUUCUCCUUGUCCAUGGCUCGAUCUCUGGCCUCAGUGUUUUCUAACUCCCCUUUGAUCCAACCAAGCUCUUGUGUUGCUAUCCCUGUGUUUAAUGCCGUGUUCAAUGCCAUGUUCCUGCCUCUGCCUUUACAAACAUUUUCCAUCUCAUAAAAAGCUUCAUCUGCACCAAUCCGUGUUCCCCCAAUUAGUAAUUCGUCUCUUUUAGGAGAGCCUCCCUGGAGAUGUCUCUGCCAAAGCUAGGCUUUUAGUAUUUUGUGCGGGGCUUGUAGGCUGUCGGCGUGUGCUUGCUCGGCUUUUAGGGUUCUUGCGUGUCUUUUCUCACGUUUGUUUGCUCUCCCCAGCUAGAGGGUUAAAUCACAAAGUGCCUUCUCUUGUUAUUCAGAAUGCCCUGUUCUGGGUUUCUCUCUGUGCACUAGACACUCAGUAAAUAUUUGUUGACAUCAGAACAGUGCCCUCUUCGGAGAAACUUGAAUAAGCUGGGAGAGGUCCGCUCUGGCAGGCUCGUUCCACGAGGAUCCAACCCUCAAAGUCUGUUCCACAUCUAGGCCACAGACUCCAGCUGACCUCUAAUGGCUCCUCGGCGGCAGCGGCGGCACCACCGACGGCACCCACAGCGCUCCGCACCUGUGGCUCCCUCCAGGGCCGCCCCGGCCCCUCCGGCCUCUGGCCCCAGCAUCCAUGCACUCGGCUUCCUCUCCCUGGAGAGGAAUGUGCCUGGCCUGUCCCAGGUGAUCCUUCAGAAGCUGAAUUUGGAGAGCUAUGAGGAAUACAAGGCUGUGGUGAAUGGGGGAAGCCCUGGGCCAGGCUUUGGGAUCUCUAGUCUCAGCGACAUGUUCCAGCGCCUGGAGGACACCUUCCAGUUCUGCGCCCGCUGCCGAGUGCUUCCUGACCAGCUGCCCGUCUCCAAGGUCCUCCGGCGCUGUAAGAGGUGCAGAAACGUCUAUUACUGCGGCCCCGAGUGCCAGCGAGCAGACUGGCCGCUACACAGGAAGGUGUGCUGGGAGCUUGGCCUCGUGGCUGUAGACCGGCUGCUGGAGUGGCUGGUGGUCACAGGUGACUUCUCUCUGCCUUCAGGGCCUUGGCCGUGGCCGCCAGGCGCCGUUCGGGACUGGGACACCUGGUUUUCCAUGUGGGGGUCGCAGCUGGACACCACGCUCGACUCUGUGCUGGGCAGUCACGCGAUGUCCGCCCUGUGGGACAGCGUGGGGCGGCCCCGGCCGGACCCGGAGAGUCUGCGAGGCUCCCUGCGGCGGCUCCUGACAGACACCCUUUCUCAGCCCUUGACGUUGGGCUUGGGGCUCCGGGCCUUGGUGGGGAACACCGGAAAGCCCGGGGGGACGACGGUGCACGUGGUGGGGGCCUCCCACGUGGAGGCUUUCCUGAGCCGCCGAGGGGCCUACGAGGAGCUCACACACAUGCUUCCUGGACACCCCGGCCUCCUCGUGACCAUGGUCGGUGUGGACUUGGGGGAAGAGGCUCCCCCACAGCUCGCCUCCCCUCCCCCCUCAGCCCCUGGGACAGUGCAGCUCAGCAGCUACCGGGGCCUCUAUCACGCCUUCUGGGAAGAAGAAGUAGAGACGGGCCGGGCAGUGCGGCCCGAUCUGGUGGCAGGCUUCCAUCCAGGUUUUCAUGCCAACCAAGAGCUGAUGGCCGGCUGGCUGCCCACCCUGCUGCUGCUCCGUGACUACGAGAUCCCCACCCUGCUCACGGUGUACAG